GUCACAAAAGAAAAACUGCAAACUGUCAUGGCUGUGUUAGAAGAUGCCACUGUCAAACAAUGAAAAAUCAGCCCGACACAGAGCAAAGGUGAACGCGGAUCCUCUUGCACGGGCCAGAUACCUUGCAAAAAGAAGAGAGAGUUAUCAACAAAGAAAAAGAGAGGGAAAGACAAAAACUCCUCCAGUAGCUGAACUCUCUACAGCAAGACAGCAGCAAUUGAGGCAGAAAUGGAGACAGUACCAGAGAAAUCACAGAGAGAAGAUGCGUAAUUCAACACCGCAAUUCUGCAGUUUUCAGUUUGAGAUAAACUCUCAAUGGCAGCAGGAAUCUGCUCCAUACUCAUCCAGCAGUGAGAUGGACUCCAGCUCUACAAGACAGGACACCUGUGAGACACCUGUGAACAGCUACAGCUGGAUAAAACAGGAGACAGAUACUGAAGUUAUCCAAUGGGAAGAUACAAACUCAGUGGCUGCCAGUGAUGCAGAGCAGGACAACUCUCAGAGCAGUGCCAUUUCCUCAGAUAUGAUUCCUAAUGAGGGUGUAUCAUAUAGUGUGAUGCAGACCAUCACCAGACUUCAGUGUCUGCUGGAGAGUAAACAAGAGAGGAUUGAAGCUCUGGAGAAACAGGUGCAGGAUCUACAGGAGGAUCGCAAGUUCCUCCGCACACAUAUCGAGAACCUCACCAGCGCUCUCUCUGCUCAUCUUCAUGAGGGAAUUUCACAUGAAUUGAGAAAAAACUAAAUAUUUGGUUCCUAUCAAAAACAAAGUCUUAAAGAAUGAGACUGUAUCAGAACCUCAUGGCUUUGUUUUACACUGCUCACAUUUAGUUAUUUAAAUGUUGUUUGGAUUGUUCAGACAGUGUAGUCAAUAUCCAGUAUAUCUACAUCUGUUGCCAUAGUAAUGACUUAAGCAUCAGCACAACUCCAAGAGAGAUAAAAGAGUAGCUGUCAGUGUGAAAAUAGAGAAUGGAAAACUGGACAUUUGACCUAUUCUCAUGUCCAUUAUGAACAUAAGUGACAGAGGCAUACUGUAUCAUGUAUAUACUGUGUUUGAAACCGCUGAGAUAUUCAUCAUACAUUACAUAGUUAAUUCAAUAUAUGAGUGAAUUUAAAGUGCUGUAGAUACUACAGCACUUUGUAUAUGACAUUACAGUCAUGUCGUGACUUAAAUUACUGAUCUGACUGUUUAAAUUAAAAUGUUUUUAAUCAGAUUUCAAACCACAUAAGGAUGUGGAUGUAUUUCAUGGUUUUUAAACAGAUUUAAGCCCCCACCAAAUUGUUUGAAUUUGUUUUUAUGAUGGUUUGUUUUUGUAUUAUCUCAUCAUUGUUAUUUAAUGUAAAUGAGCUUGAAAUAAACUUGACAAUUAUGUAUUAGAUGUUGCAUGUUUUUAUAAAACAAUUUAAGCACAUAAUUAUUGCCCUGCUCAUUUAUUAUUGGUAAUUAACUGAUAAUAUGGUGUUUCCUGUUGGAUUGGUACUUGCUUUCUUGCUGACUUGGAAAAUCUGUUAAACUUCUCCUUUCAUAGUCUAUAAAUGAAAUAAAAUCAUGCAGGUUUAAAACAA